GCUCAACUCCGGCGAGGCUGGAGCGCGGCGCGGGGCUGGGCAGGGCGGGCUCCGCCGCCUCUCCCGGGGCGCCGCUCGGCAGCGGGGGCGGCGGGGCAGCGGCACAAAGUGCGCGGCGCCUCCGCUGCAUCGCUGCUGCUGAUGCCCCUUCGGCGGCCGCGGCUCCGGGAGGAUGCGGCUCUUCCUCCUCGCUGCAACUUUCUGGGGAUUGUGCCUGGCGCCAGGUUCGGGUUUGCAAAUACAGUGUUACCAGUGUGAGGAGUUCCAGCUAAAUAAUGACUGCUCCUCUCCAGAGUUCAUCGUCAAUUGUACAGUGAAUGUUCAAGAUAUGUGUCAGAAAGAAGUAAUGGAAAAAAGUUUUGGAAUCAUGUACCGCAAGUCCUGCGCCUCGUCGGCCGCGUGCCUGAUCGCCUCUGCUGGGUACCAGUCCUUCUGCUCCCCCGGCAAGGUGAACUCCGUCUGCAUCAGCUGCUGCAACACCCCGCUCUGCAACGGGCCCCGGCCCAAGAGGAGGGGCAACUCUGCUGUACUGCCAAGAGCACACCUGAUAACCACUCUUCUGCUUCUUAAAUUUGCUCUGUUGUUUUUGUACUGCUAA